AAGCUCUGUUUAAAAAAGGACCAAAAAUUAGUGAUAACUGGAAGCUUUUUGGCUGGAAUCUCUAUUAUAUUUCAAAAGCAAAUGAAAGGAAAACCUGGCAUGAUGCCAAAUACUUUUGCAAGUCCAGAGAUUCCCACUUGACCUCCAUCCUGAGUGAGGAAGAACAGAAGUUCAUCUCUUCAAAGCUCAACGAGUCUGCCUGGAUUGGCCUCACGGAUGAAAAUGUGGAAGGCCACUGGGCCUGGUCGGAUGGUUCCAGAUUAAUAAUACAAUACUGGGCGAAUGUCAACCCCAAUGGAUCCAUUAGUGAUAGAGAAGUAGAUGAAGACUGUGCUGCCAUAAAACCCACAGGAAGUGAUUUGAACUGGAUCAACGAUGAUUGCCAAGAACUUAAAAGAUGGGUUUGUAAGGAGAGAUUAGUUGCAGGCUCCAAUUAA